AUGCACCGUCGCGCAAACCUCCGGCCUCGAGCAGACCCAACCGCUCCCUGGGUCACCGUUGGCGACGAGGGCACGCCCGUCAAGACCGUCACGCCCAAGAUGACCACCAUCAGCGGCACCCCCACGCUGGUCGACGUCGCACCGCACGACAUCACCGCCUCGGCCUAUACCUGGACCAGCUGGGGUGAGAUCUUCACCAGCACCGGCCGGCCUCCCAAUCCCACCGCCACGUCCAGCAACAAUGACGGCGUCUUUUCGCGCUGCUACAACAAGGACGGCGAGGAUGCUCCGUUCUGCACGCCCUACAAGAACAGCACGCUGACGACGGGAAACACCUACUACAUUACCUGGGAUCCUGACUACUACAACAAGACUUCCGUCCCCAAGUCAAACUCCACCUACGAAAUCACCGUCCGUCUGGACUAUCUCAACAGGACCAGCAACGAGUGGGUCAAGCUGAAGACGUUCGACGACCAGCGCGUGCCCGCUUCCUGGGGCUUCUGGCCCCUCCAGGUCAAGAGCGACAUGCUCCAGGGCGAAAAGCUCAACAACAUCUCCAUCACCCUGCUCGUCGCCCCCCGCGGCUCCAACGACAAGAACAGCUCCAUCGCCCUGCCCGUGGCCUUUGCACCCCCCGGCCUGCCCGAGAACCCCGAGCCCCAGGUCCCCAAGGGCCACACCCUGUCCAUCGCCCUGCCCGUCGCCUUUGGCUGCAUCAUCUUCAUCGUCAUCGGCCUCUUCUUGUGGAACCGCAAGACCCGCCGCAUCGAACUCGGCAACAUCAUGAGCCGCUCCCGCCACGGCUACAGCGGCCGCAAGACCCGCCGCAACAACAUCUUCCGCUCCAACAAGGACGCCGGUAGCAUCCAGCUGCACAACGCCGACGACCACCUCAACGACGGCGAGUAUCACGAUGCGCCCAUUCCUAAUCGCCGUGACAGCGAAGCUCUGGGCAGCCUGGCUGGCACCCCCAUCCACGAGAACUUUGAGCGGCAGGGCACCACUGGCUCCAGGAAUGCGUUCCGGGAUGAGAUGGCUCGACAGAACCAGGAGAGGCGCGGAGGAUACUAAGAAAGAAAGAAAAAAAAAAACAAAGGAUAUGAUACGGAACGUGAUGAAGUGUGAUGAAUCGUGAUCCUGGCGGUCAUGAGGACGUGACUAAUACAUGAAUCUAUGAAGCAUAACGUUUGGAUUGCAUGCCUUAUAUAAUUAUUCUACGUGGAUGGAUUUCGUUACGAAACUAAUGCAUAAACGAAGAAAGAGGAGUAGAGAGAUAGAAAUAGGAGAGGAGAGGAGAGAAGACGAAAAGAAAAAGUAGAAGAAAACCAUGAAUAGAUCAUUUUGAAUUAAGC